GCGUGCGCUGGCGCGAUUUUUAACGCACUCAGCUAAUACUUGUCGCUGAGCUCCGCAGUAGACGAGUUAAAAUGGCUGCUUUGUUUAAAAGAGCAAAUCCUAUUCUUACUCAAGUCAUUUUUAGAAAUAGCUGCCGUUUCCUUUGUUCUGGCAUUCCCGUGUCUUCGUUCGUCUGCUUUAGGCGAGGGACUAAAUAUACCCGGUGGUCAGGGAAUGCUGUUGGGGGAAACGUGGGAAGAUUAAUGGGCAUUGGAAGAACGAAGGGAAUGGCUGGAAUGUGGAACACAAGAUCUCCACACACGAGCACCAUUCUUUUAAAGCUUGUGUGGCCAAAGUGGCACAAUUAAUAUAGAACAGGGAUGUGCGCAAGAGAAACUCAAGAAAGGAAUUUAUGAUGAAGCAUUAAGCAGUUUCUUUAGAAAUGUGAAUACCAGGACAGAUGAUGAUAGCGCUGACUGCAGAGGAAAAAUCUAUUCCUUAAAAGCACGCGCUCUCCUGAUUGACAUGGAAGAGGGUGUAGUGAAUGAAAUUCUGCAGGGGCCAUUGAGAGAUGUCUUUGAUAGCAAGCAGCUGAUAACAGAUGUUUCUGGCUCAGGGAACAACUGGGCUGUGGGUCACAAAGUGUAUGGGUGUCAAUACCGAGAAGAUAUUGUUGAAAAGCUAAGAAAGACUGCAGAGCAUUGUGACUGUCUGCAGUGCUUUUUUGUCAUUCAUUCAAUGGGAGGGGGGACAGGAUCUGGUCUUGGUACAUUUGUACUAAAGCUUCUUGAGGAUGAAUUUCCAGAAGUAUAUAGAUUUGUUACUUCUGUUUAUCCUUCCCGGGAGGAUGAUGUCAUUACAUCUCCUUAUAACAGUGUAUUGGCUAUGAAAGAACUCAGUGACCAUGCAGACUGUGUAUUGCCAAUUGAAAAUGAAUCUUUAUUUGACAUUGUUAGCAAAAUUAACCAGAUGACCAACAGUGGAAAGUUAGGAUCAACCAUAAAGCCAGCCAGCUUAGUAACUUCAAGUGCAGGUGGAAUAAAGUGUUCUCGGGAGAAACCAUUUGAUGCUAUGAACAAUAUUGUGGCCAACUUACUGUUGAACUUGACAAGCUCUGCUAGGUUUGAAGGAUCUCUUAAUAUGGAUCUUAAUGAAAUCAGCAUGAAUUUGGUUCCCUUUCCUCGACUUCAUUAUCUUGUUUCCAGCUUGACACCUCUGUAUACGUUGGCUGAUGUUAAUGUGCCCUCUCGAAGGUUGGACCAAAUGUUUUCAGAUGCUUUUAGCAAAGAUCACCAACUGUUACGAGCUGACCCAAAGCACAGUUUGUACCUUGCCUGUGCCCUGUUAGUCAGAGGAAACGUGCAGAUUUCAGACCUUCGUAGAAACAUUGAAAGGUUGAAACCUUCACUUCAGUUUGUCUCCUGGAAUCAAGAAGGAUGGAAAACUGGCCUCUGUUCAGUACCACCUGUGGGUCAUUCCCACUCAUUGUUGGCACUAGCAAAUAACACUUGUGUGAAAUCUACUUUUGUAGAGCUCAAGGAGAGAUUCACAAGGUUGUACAAGAAAAAGGCACACCUUCACCAUUACCUACAUAUUGAUGGGAUGGAGCAGUCCUAUUUCUCUGAAGCACUUUCAUCUUUGUCUGAUUUAAUAGAAGACUAUAAUCAGCUAGAUGCUGCUAACUGUGGUCCUGCUAUAGAUCCACCAAGACUGAAGAUAGCAAUGUAGCACUUGUUACAGGGGCGGGGGGUGUGGGUUAAAGUUUAGAUCAGCAAAUUAUGCUCAUGCAAUCCAGUUAAAAAUAACCUGGGA